GCAUGUUUGGUUUGUACCGUUUGGACACGGAAGCAGGAACCCGGACUCAAACCAAAACCUCCAACCUGUCGUCUUAGAUUUGUCAACGCGGAUUCUGGCGUGAGCUCAAAGAAGAGACCGAUUACAAAGAUUAGUUUUGUGUGUUAUUCGGAGUGCAUACACAAUGAGGGCGGCUUUCUUGUUCCUCGCCAUAUUUCUGAGUUUCUGCUCGGUCAGAGGGGCUCCAGUGGAAAAUUCUCCAGACCUUACAAAUUCAAACAAAACGCAGGAAAAUAAAUUGAAGCAGUCAGCUAGCACCACCAAUACAUCAGCAGCAUCCAGUACAGUUGCUGUAAAAGCAGAGACAACUCUAAAGCUUACAACAAUGCCAAUUAAGGAUGACAAGCUGGACAUAACAAACCUUACGCACACGCUAGCAAAGGCACCAAGUCGGAGAGAGAAGCAGGUGGAUGUUAAGCUUAACCAACCGCCACAUGUAACUAAUAAAGGGAAGCAAAAUCUAACUGACAAAGACCAAACAAAUGAGCAUACAAGCACACCCACAUCUGACUUAACAGAUCUGAAAGUACAACCCAAGUCUCCUCCAGUUAAAAAUGUAAUAGCAUCUGAAGAGUCAGGAGGGCAAGGGAAGGAGCAAGGGGCAAAGGGCACAAUGAAAGAGCCAGAAGACAAAGACAAGAAAGACAAAACACUUUUAGAGGACAGCACUGAGGACGUAACAGAAGGAGAGGUCGUCGACAAGCUCCAACCAGUAGACGAGGACAGCAAACAUAGAGAAACCGGAGAGAAAGUUCCAUAUGACCCAACUAGUAUAAAUGAUGAGGAAGAAAGCAGUCAUUUCUUUGCCUACCUAGUCUCUUCAGCUGUGCUGGUAGCAGUGCUUUACAUCACUUACCACAACAAGCGCAAGAUAAUUGCAUUUCUUUUGGAAGGGAAGAAAUCCAGAUCCACACGUCGCCCUAAAUCCACAGAAUACCAAAAGCUGGAACAGCAAAUCUAAGCUCAAGUCAUUCUCUUGCAGCUGAAUGAAUCAAGCAGCUGAAUACACUGGCAGUUGUGUGAGAAGAGGGUGAUUGGAUACUGGCGUUAGAUAUUUUCAUGGUCUACUCUGCAUUGUUUUAACCUUGUGUUAAAUGGACAUUCUUCUAUUUUAUACCUUUUAGAUGCUUAUCGUAUGACUAUGCAGACGACACUGUUGCCUUAUUGAGGAAAUUAGUGAAAUGCAGUGAAGGUAAAAUAAGCAUGCUGUUUUUGCACUUGUGUCGUUAUUCCACUUGUAUGGCAAUCUUGUAAUUUGACCUGACUAAGGUUUGGACUCAGGAUAUUUCAGUAGCAGAUGAAAAUAUUAGCUGUCUGGUUUCCAGAAGACUCGUGAUUGCACUGUGCACUAAAUAAGCCAUCUGAUUCUUUGUAAAAUACUGUGUAAAAUUUCUUUGAGGUUGUUUUAAAUGUCGAUGUGAUGAGUUGUAUCAAAAAUGUAUCACAAUGGGAUUUCUGCUCGUGCUCAUAACCAUGUGGUAUUGGUCAGAUGAAUGUAGGGACCUUUAUUAUCCAAACGAGAUGCUAGCAGAGUGCUCGCCCUCUUUAACUGCCUAAAUGCAGAGACUUAAACAUCUGAAAUAUUUGCUUGGAGAAAUACUUUUAGGAAAAGCGCCAAUUUGCUUUCUUGCUGAAAGUUAGAUGAGAAGAUCAAUACAACUCUCACAUAUUUCUAAUAAAUAUGACAUUAAAGGUGCACUGUAAGGAAUUCAGAGCAUUAACAUUUUAACAACAAUUUGUGCAUGUCGGUGUACCCAACUGGUGAGCUCUCGGCAGCUGCUCUGCACUGCCCUCCUAAGGCGGAUACAGCUGGUAAUGCCGGUCCGAUUGGUGUCUUUGUUGCUGAAGUGUAGGACCCACCUUCAGUCUUUGCCACGUUGUCAGCCAUUGAGAGGCAAUAGAAAUGCUCCAAAUCUCGUCUUUAGCAGUUUAAGGCUACAGCCAGCUGCCGUAAGAGUAGCUUAGUGUAAGGACUGGAAACGGGAAAGGCGAGCCUGACUCUGUCCAGAGGUUACAAAAGCCUCCUUCCAGCACCUUUUAAACUUCACUCAUUAACUCUCCUCAUUUGACUCUGGUGUAGGGAUGAAAAUGAGUAUAUUUCCCAAAAUGUUAAGAUGCAACUGAAUGUUUUAACUGCUGUUGUGGUGUUGGGUUCAUGUGCAAAGGCCUCUUAAUUUAUUCAGUCUAAAUGUUAUAUGAGGUGUAACUCACAUUAAAAUAUUGUUUAUCUAAACUGUCAGUCCGGUUACUGUCUGACUGCUCGA